AUGGAGCCAGUUGGUAAAUUUGAGCCGAGGAUCCACAUUCCGCAGUCGCAGCAGUUUUUCCAGGAAACUGAAGCCAACAAACCUGGAAAUAAAACACAAACCGCUGCAGAAAACAUCUGGAAAUGUCCCUCAUUUAUCCCGCCCCGGGCGCGCUCCCGGCCCCGCGACCCCGCCCCACGCACCGGCCUCGUCCCCGCCUCUGCCCCGCCCCCGCGCCGCCCCGCCCCGCCAUCUGCCCCGCCCCCUCCCCCGCCCCCGCGCCGCCCCGCCCCGCCAUCCGCCCCGCCAUCCGCCCCGCCCCCGCCCCCGCCCCCGCGCCGCCCCGCCAUCCGCCCCGCCAUCUGCCCCGCCCCCGCCCCCGCGCCGCCCCGCCCCGCCAUCUGCCCCGCCCCCGCCCCCGCGCCGCCCCGCCCCGCCAUCUGCCCCGCCCCCGCCCCCGCGCCGCCCCGCCCCGCCAUCUGCCCCACCCUCUGCUCCCCCCGGCGCCGGGAAACUCCGCAGCUUCUGACUUCCUGUCGCUCCGGAAGCUGCUGCGACCCCGCCCCCUGGCCAAUGGCCAAUAGGAACCCGUAA